AUGCGCGCGCUCACGGUCCUCUCCUUUUGCAUUCUGACUCUCUCCUCCUCGCAUAUCCUUCCCGUGUUCCCGCCGCCCACGCAACUCUUCUGCCCGACUGUCGGAACGAAUGCGUACGUUCUCGUGACAGUCACUCCCGGCGUCGAUCUCCGGGAGUUUGAGGAGUUGCUCAGGGGCUACGGUCGACUGAUGCCCUUCAACGGGACACAACAGAUCAAGUACGACUUUUACUUCGGCUCCAACUACUCUACGAUUGUCACUACUAGCGAUCUGUCAAAAGAGAUAAGUGUGAGUACGGUGGAUAUCUAAGCGAUCCCAAAAAUCGGUCUUCUUCCAGGACUGGUUCAAUGACACCGACUACUUUGCUCAGUUGUACGCAAGCGCCCUGACCACUUCUAAAGAUACGGAUCAGUAUGAAACCGGGGAUCUUGUAGGAAUUGCCAAGUCGAUUCUUGAUAAUGUGAGCCCAAAUAAUCAUUUUCCAAUAUUAAUAUCAAUUUGUUUCAGGUCGCCAAAGACAAUCAGCAAGAUUUCACAGUUUACCUGAAGAAGCAGGUGGUGUUACUCACCGAUUACGUCCCUUUGAACAUCACGGACGUCUUCAACAAGAAUCAAAAUGUGAGUGCACCUAUCAAUUCACCGAUCUACAGAUUCUUCAGGAAAACACGCAACGUCUCGGUCUCUCAAUUUCUCUCGAUCUGGCUCCACUUGACAGAGCAGCAGAGUUUCCUGUUUUCAAAAGUGACGACGAUGAACAAAUCGGAGAGACGAGGGCGAUAUUCCAAGAAACCCGGAAUUUGGUUCGUAGUCGCUGUCACUAUGUCUGUCUAAAUUGCACUUCUAGAAUUCCCUGCGGUGAUUCACGAGGACAAACCGGCUUCCGAUGUGUACGUCUUCAUGACUUCUUCCAAUAUGAGCCAAUUGAUGAGAGUGGUCGAAUCGGCUAUCAACGGGCCCACGUGUCAAAUGGCGCAGACGAAAAUGUACUCGGAAUUCGUGCACGCACAGAUAAUCAAAAACGGAACCGUUUGGUUGGUCGUCAUUCCUUGGCUCGGCUCCAAAACGCAUUUCUUCGCCUCAAACUGUCUGAACAGUUUUCAUCAUCAACGUGAGUUUAAAUGGAAUGAUCUCUAAUGCUAUUUUGAUGCUUUCAGCCCCAGAAGUGAACUGUACAUCUAUGAAAACCCAAAUAUUCACCAACUUUGUGGAGCACGUGGCUUCCGCGAACAACCAAACGUUCGCGUAUCUCUUUGUGGACGAUGCGGAUUGUGCGGAGACUAAGAAAUCUGACGACGAACAUUCGAGAUUCGGUUGGUUAUGUCCCAAGUAUCGAACUCUUCAUUUCUCAUUUAAGACUCAUAUCCGGCUAGUGAUGUCUCAAGAUUUGAACGAUGUUUACGAAGACUUCACUCUGCCCCUCGUCCAUCUGGGAUUCCUGGACAAAACCGUUGACAAUCAAGUCAUUCACGACGACAUUUUCUUCCUUCAGAACUAUUCCACGUCGUGCACCGAUGAGAUUCCCAUGGGUAAACAUCACAUACGGGCGUUACCGUACUUCUUCCUUUUCAGUGCCUCUCCUGUCCGCCCGUCCGUGGCAUCGUCCCAAAUAUCUCUCAAUAGCCCUCGAUGACAUGCUCACCAUUUUCAUCUGCGCCACAAUCUCAGUCACGACUUUUGGAAUUCUGAUCUACAGACAUGUCAAUCGAAAGCAUCGCCAACAAGUCGAACUUCUCAGCGAGAUUAUGUUGCAGCCGAGAAUUUACAAGUAAGGACAGAAUAUGUAGUCUUCAAUUGCAUUCAACUAAAAAUCUGUUCAGAGCACCAAAAGAGUGUCCAAAAGUUGCUCGAUUGCCGUGGGAAAUCAAAUCGGAGAACGUGCACAUUGACUCGGAAUUCCUGCUGGGAGAGGGGACGAUUUCGAAUGUUUAUCUGGGGAAACUGAAAGGAAAAGCGCCGAUUAUGCAGUGGAUUGACAGAGUGGAAAUGAAGCAAUAUCAGGACUGCGCAGUGGCUGUCAGGGUGAGAACAAGCCUUCAGAUCUAUAAUAUGUUCUUGCCCCUCCAUCUACCAGGUGCCACGUCAUUUCGAUGAACCGGAAGAGGAUCAGCUGCAGAGGGAGAUCGCGUCGAUGAGACAACUGAGACAUCAUGACCACAUUGCUCUCCUGCUCGGAUGGACGAAUAAGAACGAUCUCGUGUGCUCGCUUCUCGAACUGACCCACAUGAAUCUCAUAAAAUAUCUGUCGCAGAUCAAGGAAACGUACGCCGCUUUUAAAGUGUUUCACUCGGUUCGUAUCGUCUUUUUCCAGCGCUGAAGGCACGAACUCAUCUGGAUUCACUCCGAUGAGCCGUAUUCCGUUCCAAGUUCUCUACAAGAUCAUUUAUGAAACCUGCGACGGAAUCGAAUACAUCCAUUCACGAAACCUUGUCCACCGAGAUCUGACCGCCAGAAAUGUUCUGCUGACGACCGGAUUGCGUGCCAAAAUAUCUGGAUUCGGGUUCUGUUCGGAGCCAGAUGAUCCAAAGUUCUCUGCAAACUCGCUCGCCCUUCGGUUCCUCCCGGUCAGAUGGCUUGCUCCGGAGUGCUUCAUCGGAAAGUUCAGCGUAAAAGUGAUAGGUUAGAAGCACUGUUCGAUGUUUUCCGAAUUAUUCUUCCAGUUGGUCGUUCGGCGUUCUCAUGUACGAGAUAUUCUCUCUGGGGGAGCAGCCGUACGACGAUCUGAACCGUCCCGAGGAGAUAAUCGAAAGCAUAAGGAAGGGAAGAAUUCCCGCCCAUCCCAAGUAUUGCUCCAAACAAACGUACGACUUAUUCCAGCGUAAUUAAAGUGAAAAAGACCGUUUUCAGAUAUCGUAUAAUGCAGAGUUGCUUCCAAUCGUUCAUAUCCCGCCGUCCCAACUUCAGUCAAUUGAAGAAUGCUUUUCAUGUACAAUCCACAAAUUACUACUCAAAUCCGGCCUUUGAGGAAGACUAG